GAACCACACGAGACCUCGAUCAUCCUAGGUUCAUCGGAGGGACGCAGAGAAAGACCCCUGAGAGCCAGUGGGUUCCAGUGAGUCUGUUGACUCCAGGAGCUGGAACACCUCUGUCAUGGUCUCAUUUACGCGACUAAAGCCAAAGUCAGAGCGAUGUGGCUGCUGGUGCUGGGGGUCCUGCUCCUGCUCUUCUGCAACCUGGACGUGUGGUACUUCCUCCGCGGAGCGCAGGUCUUCCUGGAGGCGCUGCUCCAGCCCCGUGUCCCCGACAUCCUGGCGGAGCAGAGCGUGGACGGGGUGGUGCUGCCCCACGACCUGGACUACAUGGGCCACAUGAACAAUUCCAGAUACCUGAGGGAAUGUGACUUUGCGCGCUUCCAUCAUUACAUGAGGAACGGCUUGUUCCUGACCUCGCGGCGGCUGGGCGCCACGCUGGUGGUCGGGGCCUCCACCAUCCGCUACAGACGCUCGCUGGCUUUCCGCGAGGCCUUCGAGAUCCGCACCAGGGUGUUGGGCUGGGACGACAAGGCCUUUUACCUGGAGCAGCGCUUCGUGUCCAAGAAGGACGGCUUUGUGUCGGCGGUGAUGCUGUGUCGGCAGAACGUGGUGCGCAGCAGCCCGGAGAGCGUCAUCGAGGCCGUCUGCAAACAGAAGGUGCAGUGUCCAGAGUUCCCGGAGGACCUGAAGCACUGGAUCAGCUUCAUUUCGGCGAGCAGCCAGGCUCUGAGAGCAGAGAGUGGACUGGAGGAGAAGAACAAGUGAGACCGGCAGUGCAACAGGAAGCCGUGGCCCUCGUGUUCCUGACGCCUCUCUAGCAUCCGUUAGCCUUCAGUCCUGCAUGUCCAGCCCAGCGUCUCACUGCUGCCGUGCACGUCUCGCCACACUUUCUGCCUGUUGACUCCUUUGUUUUGCCCUUAGAGCCGUGUUUCCCAGCGGCACAGCUAGUGUCUGUGUGAGGGCCAGUUCGGACGGUUGCCGGGCGACUCACUUCAGGGUCACCUGUUGCAGCGGUGUGGAGUAAAUCCAGCAUGAGUGACAGGUGCUGGGGAAAGUUGCCUCACAGCUGUUGCAUGUCUCUCAUAACCCUCUGAUAUCACAGGACUCAGUGGGGAAGGGACCGUCUGCAAAUCACCAAACUGUGAACAUGAAGUAUUUAACUUUCUGUAUUAUCAACUAUCAAAUAUCAAGCACAUGAACCGUGAAAGUAUUUUUUUUUUUGUUGUGGUAAUUGGCAGACGGUCCCUUCCCCGCAACAUGACCAGUCCCCAGGAGAAUCGUCCGAGGCCCUGAGCGCAACUGUAGCUUUUGCAUGCUGAGAUCAAACUUGAGAGGAGGAAUCAUCCCACGUGAGCUGGGAAACCUUUCCAUACUUGAUAUACACCGAUCAGCCGUAACAUUAUGACCACCCGCUCUUGUAUUCCGCCGCUCCCGUUUUGUGACAAAAGUGUGUGGCCGCUGGUCUUCAGCAGUGGAAAGUGGUGCACUGCUGAGGGGUCACGAGGGGCUGGAGCAUGUGUCUGUAAACGUGCCGUAACAUGGCUGUUAUUCAGUCCCGAAGUGGGGAAUUCAAAUGAGCUGCAUUGUGCAAAUAAGCAACCAAAACAUUCAGGAACGAGAGUCGUUUGGACUCCAUUUUAAGUGUGAAACUAUUCAAUAUUACUAGAAAUAGUCGAGAAAUAUUAUUAUGGUAUAUGGGAAGCCACUGUAGUGCAAGUUCAAAUGAUGCAACUUGUAAGUCUGUGUGAAGCAGAAGUUGACCAUCAGAAGGCAGCGCCUCUGCCUCCACUGCAGUGCCACUGCUGACCACUAGGGGUCGCACUGUCACGCACGUCAGGCUGGUGCUGCUGUGAUGACCAAAGUCAUGUACUGAUGUGGAGAGGAAGGGAUCAGAGUUUACUUGAAGGAGAGAUCAUGUCCGACACUGUCUAAUUUAUUUCCGUUUCUUUAUCGUCAUUUGAAUGUAUUUAAUCUGAGCGUUAUUUAACAGCAUUUUGAGUAAUAAAUG